AUGGCUUUAGAAGCUCAAAGCUUCAUGAAAGCCUUGUUACAUCUUAAAGAAACAAAACAAUACAUGUUAGAGUUGCAAGACACAGAUGCAGAUACCGACAGCAACGCCGUAGAUAGCACCGAACUAUCCGCGCCAGACGACGAUAUAGACCUGGAGGCAGCAUGUCCUGAACUCAGCGGGCAGAUCAUCGGAGGACGAGCCAGCUCCGUCAAUAGACACCCGUACCAGGCGUCCAUGGUCAUCAACGGCAACUCCUUCUGUGGCGGCUUCAUCAUCAGCCCGGAUUAUGUGAUGACUGCCGCGCACUGUGUUAGAGGGGUAUCCCCAUCAUCCAUCCGCCUGCGUGUGGGUUCGACCCGGCGCGACUCCGGCGGCCGCAUCGCUCGCGUCUCCAACGUCACCGUGCACCCCCAGUACGGGAUGCCUCGCUUCGACAAGGACAUCGCUGUCUUGAGGCUGGCCCGGCCUCUGAGCUUCAGUGCGAGUGUGAGGCCGAUCAGACUCCCGCAGCGCCGGCAGCCCGUGCCGCUUGUUAGGCUGACGGUGACUGGGUGGGGGUUGACUGCUCCGCGCGGCCGCCAGAUCCCCCGCAUCAUGAUGGAGGCUCAAGUCCCGGUCGUCCCGCACUGGCUGUGCCGCCUCUCCUACUCCGACUCUCUGACUAACAACAUGUUCUGCGGGGGACAUUUCCUCAUCGGCGGCGUGUCUUCUUGUCAGGGAGACUCCGGAGGGCCAGCAGUAUUCCGGGGAGUGGCGUUCGGGAUCGUGUCCUACGCGCGGGGGUGCGCGCUGCCGCUGUCUCCGACUGUCUUCACGAACAUAGCCGCCUUGAGGGACUGGGUCACGCAGAACACUGGCGUUUGACACUGCUAGCGUAUUUACCGCCAAGACG